AUGCAGCGCCUUCGAAAGUUUAUCCGACGCGCCAGCUUUGGCAGCUCUUCUGCCGCUCCUCGAUCUCAAGCUGUAAUUGCGACGAAGCCUGCGUCACAACCGCCUCCACCAGCAGGCGGCCCAAGCUUGAACAUUGCUCUGCAAAACCAGACAACCUCCAGCACUGUCUACGCUUAUAUCACAGGCCAAGCGAUUGACCGUGGCAAUGCAUUGUUUCUUCUCUUAGCAGAUGGGAAAACUCCAUUCUAUCCUAGCUCUCCGGCUGCGAUCGGCUCGCACAUCCCACAAAAUUGUGCCAUCGCUCUCGGAGGGCCGGGAAACACUGUGACAGUGACAAUACCCCAUGUAGCUGGAGGCCGCAUUUGGUUCUCGAUUGACGCACCUUUGACAUUCCUGCUCAACCCAGGGCCGGCGCUGGUUGAACCAUCUGUCACAAAUUCAUCCGACCCCAACAUCAACACCAAUUGGGGCUUUGCCGAGUUCACGUUCAACAGCGACCAACUGUAUGCCAAUAUCAGCUAUGUUGAUUUCGUCGGCCCACCCAUCGCAUUGACACUCACGACCCAGAGCGGCGCCACCCAGCACGUCUCCGGCAUGCCAAGCAAUGGACUUGACAUAGUCUGCAACGGUUUGCGUGCACAACAUGCCGCCGAUGGCAACGGCUGGGACCAAUUGAUUGUCACCCAUAAUGGACGAAACCUUCGUGCCCUCUCGCCAAAUCAAGGAAUGGUGACCAACCCUUCGCUGUUCUCAAAUUACUAUGAUGGGUAUAUCAACCGAGCCUGGCAGAAAUUCAGUUCUCAAUCCAUGUCCAUCGACACUCAAGCUGGCUUUGGCACUGUUUCCGCAAAGGUCGACAACAACAACUCGACUCUCAGUUUCGGCAGUUCAAGCUUCACGAAGCCUUCUACACGAGACAUCUUCAGCUGCUCUACGGGGCCGUUUGCGACGGGCGCAAAUGCCGAAACAAACGCCAUCAUUCCUCGACUGGCAGCGGCGUUUAAUCGCUCGACCUUGCUCGUUUCUGAUUCCUUCCCAGCGCCCCAGAACCUGUAUUACAAGGACCCUACCACCAACCACUACUCCCGAAUCGUGCACUCGGCAAAUCUGGACGGCAAGGGCUAUGCGUUUCCCUAUGACGAUGUCCAGCCGAGCGGUGGUGCGGACCAGAGUGGUGAGGUUCAUGCUGGCGACCCAACACUGUUCACUGUCACCGUGGGAGGUAUGAACGCGAGCGUGAAGCCGCCACCUAAGAAGGAGCUAUGA